GGCAAAAGGAUUUGUGCACAUUUGGGACGCUCUCAGUCACAUAACAAUCGAUUCGACACUACCCCAAAAAUAUUUCAUAGUACAGUAAAAACGAAAAGGAUGACUAUUGGUUGUAAACUGUGGUUAUUAGUCGUAGUGUACGUAGCAUUCUUAUAUCAAUAUGGUCCCCAAGGCAACGGCGUUUUAUGUGCAAAAGAUUCCACAUCCCAAUCGGACGAAGAUCAAUCGUCCGGAACUGCAUCGUUUGAAGACGUUACUGUCGAACAAGGUGACGAUGAUGAACAGCCCGAUUUUAGUAAUCAAAAGGGUAAUACCAGUAAAAAGAAUGAUAUAAAAAACAAUCACAAAGGAUCCAGCGAAGAUGAUAAAAACCGCAGUGGAGGAUUCAGUGAUGGUGAUGGUAAUGAUGAUGAUGAUGAUGAUGAUGAUGAUGAUGAUGAUGACGAUAAGAAAUCGCAUUCUUGCAAAGACAAGAAUUAUGGGAGAAAUAAAAAUAAUAGUGAAACUUUUAAAAAAUCGAACAGAGGUAAGAAUAACCAGUGUUACCAUAACGAAAGUAGUGAAGACCACGAAGACGAUGAAGAUGGAGAAAAUAGUGCCGAUGAAGAUGAUGAGGAAAGCAAAGAGCACAACAAGAAAAGCAAGAAAUCUAAGAAAAAUAAUGACAAAGAUAUCACGAAAUUGCAGAUAUUUACGACGACCACUAUUACAGGAAGACCAAAGGAAGUCCUAUCAUUCCUUAACGCAGGUGUAAGACCCUAUAAAUCAGAUAAUUUGGAUUUCAAGAAAAAAUCAAAUUCUAAACUUUUAAAAAAAAUUUAUGCCAUCACAAAUAAAAAUCAUACAUCAAAUGAAGAUAAAUACGAUACAUCAAAUGAGGAUUUGACACAUUAUAUAAGAAAAAUUGUCAAAGAGAGUGCAAAAAAAAAAAAUUCUAAAAUAGAUUCAGAUAAGAUAUUAAUAUCCCUCGUGAAGUCGAUAUUGUAUGAUAUAUUGAAAGGUGCAUAGUUUGAAGCCCGUGAUAAGUCCACAAGUGUAAUUUACCUGAUGCAUGUGAAAUUACAUUUGUGUGCAUGACAGUAGUUGUAAUUAACAACAAUAACAUUUGUGCAAAAUGUUAUAAAUCGUUAGUAAAAAUGUGUUUUUUAACGUUCAAAAUA